GUUUGAACAGCGUGGACAGAUACUCCACCCUAAUCCUUCCCUGUUCUAUUUAAUCAAGCUGGUAAUAAGGCUAAAUCUACUUAUCCUGCAUUUAAUUGUGCCGAUACAGGAAAAUUCAAGAGUUUUCUGAAACCCCAAACCCAUGGCAUUGGCCUUCAUUCCAAGCCUUCGGAGUCCAAUAUGGUCAACAAGGUCCAAUUCUUUGAAACCCCAUAGCCAAAACAGUCAAAGCCAAACUGCCCCAAUAAUGUGCAAGAAAAAGAAGCAGGACAAUUCGGGCUCGAACACCGUCAGGGCCUCCUACAGCAAGCCCCUGAAGGCCCGCCUGGCAGAGGGCGAGAAGCUCUAUGGGGCUUUUCUUGUGAGCUUUUCACCACUUGUAGCUGAGAUCAUGGGCUACGCAGGCUAUGAUUUCGCUGUUGUGGACAUGGAGCACGGCCCUGGGGAUUUCAUGGCGGCCGUUCCUGUGCUGCAGGUGUUGGCCUCCACAAAUACCCCUGCUAUCAUCCGGAUCCCUGAUAAUGACCCUGUUAUGGUUAAAAAGGCCAUGGAUUUAGGGCCCCAGGGGCUUAUGUUCCCCAUGAUUGAGAGCCCUAAGGACGCUAAGAAGGCCGUUUCCUACUGCCGCUACCCGCCUAAGGGCAUCCGCGGGGCUGCACAUGGUGUCGUCAGGGCAUCCCGUUAUGGGAUUAACGAAAAUUAUUUGAACGAGUAUGAAGACGAGUUGCUGGUCAUGUGCCAGGUGGAGUCUGAGGAUGCCGUGAAGAAAAUCGAGGAGAUUGCUCAGGUUGAGGGUGUUGAUUGUAUUCAGAUGGGUCCAACUGAUUUGGCUUCUAGUAUGGGUUUUUUGAGCGAUUUGGGCAACACUAAGGCCAAGGAGAUGUUGAUGAGGGCGGAAAGAGGGGUUUUGGGGGUGAAGAAUGGGCCUUUUCUGGCAGGUUUUGCUAUGCCAUGUGACCCUCCGGAUGAGAUUCAGAAGAGGGGCUAUCAUAUGGUGAGUGGGGCUGUGGAUAUUGCCUUGAUUAGAGAUGCUGCACUUGCAGAUGUGAGGAAGUAUAAAGCCUGGAAUGGUGGUGGUGCUUCUGCUGACAUGGAGGAGGGCCAUGAUGUGGACGUUUUGUCUGGCAAUGAAGCUGAGAAGGAAUUUGCAUGAAAUUCAUCACUGCAUUUGUGCACUUGGAAAUUUGUAGAGGGAAGAAGCAAUUCCAAUCUGUGUGGAGACCUGGAGGAUACACAAAAUCGUCAUAGGUAGGGUAUAUAACUUUCUGCAAUGGAUUAUAGAUACGUAGAAUUUACUGGUUCAAUAAUGUUGUUUGGUCACUCAGUGAUAGGUGAUCUUAGAAGUAGCCUGAAAAUCCAAUAGCUUGUAUAAAACGAGUCAUAAGCUGGUGGACUCUUGUAAGAUUCACAAGUACAGCAGUCAGGCAGGGUUAGUGGAUGGGAGUGUGAAUGCUGUAAUUACCCAAACCAAAUCUUGGUCCAACUUGUGAAAGGUUUAGAUGUUCCGGACUACAAACUCUGCUUCUAUUGUGUGUCUGUUUUUAAGCUUCAUUGUGGACCAAGCUCUUGUUAUGAGGACCAAAUGUAAAUAGAUUUUGUUUAUGAACAAAGAAAAUGGGUCUCUGCAAAGUACUGAAGACAUUAAAGCCUUGCUAAUGGUUGAAGUCUGGUAUAGAAAUCUAUCUUUUCAAUUUAUGGCAA